AUGUAUGCUGAGAGCAUUGACCAAGAGUCAUCUCCAAGGCGGCCCUCGGACCCAGCCAUCGGAGCUGGUGGUGAGGCCUUGUUCGUCUGUAUACUCGGAGGGAAACCGGGCUGGAAACCUGAUAAGGCCACCUGGCAUCCGGACGACCACAUAUCCGUGCCGAUCCCGCUGCACCGGCCGUCACAGCAGCCGGAUGCAGCAGCGCCCGUCUUUGCCACUACCAUCCGGAGCGACGGCUCCCGCCCCAGAGCUGGCACAGUGGGAGGAGCCGCGGCUGCCAGGAACAUCUGGAACCGCAGCAGCAACAGCAAGAGCAACAGCCCCAGCCCCAGCCCCAGCCCCCAGCCUGUAUUCCGUGCCCGUGGGAGGAGGAGGAGUCCCAAGGGGUUGCGGGGGGCGGUUGAGAGAGGCAAAAACAGAGAGACACAGCAGCAGGAACAAGAGAUUGAACCGCAGGUGCCGGGGGUGAUGGGUCAGCAGGGUUUGGCGCGGGCGUCGGUUGUUCGAGUGCCGUUGAAGAAGGUCACGAUGGGGAUGGCGGCGAAGGAACUGUGGCGUGAUACGGUGGCGUAUUUCAAUCAUCUGCUGACGUCGGCGCUGCGCAGGUCGUCGCAGGCGUUGAAGCGGAAGAAUGAGAAGCGGCUUGCGAGGUUGCAUCGGGAGGAGGAGAAAGGGACACUCGGAGUUUUUGGAGUGGUUGGAGGCGGCGAACAGUCGGAUGCAAAAGAGGGAUCUGGGGGAUAA